AUGGCUGAAAUGUCUGCUAUGAAUAGAAAAUUGAUUCAGAAUCUCGCUGAAACUCUUUCUAAACAAGUCAAACACUGUAAGUAUGAGUUUUGAUAGCUAGUUGGCAGAGAUAGUCUACGUUGUGUCCUGACUAACGUUAGUUAGCUACAGUAACGUUUAGCUGAACUUCUUAAAAGAAAAGCUAGCUAGCCAACUACAUAGUUUCUACUUCUCAGCAUUUAGCUAGCUACAGUAGCUAUAUAGCUAAUAACAAAACGUGUAAACGAAAUAAAAGUUAAUAGCUAGCUGUUGUUGUCUAGCUCCUCCAACCAAAACUCGCCUUUCAUUGAACGUGUUGGCAGCACUACUUAUGUGACAGAUGGGGGGCGCUAUAACCUUGCGUUGUUGAGAUCAUGUCAAAGUAUGUCCUGUGUUCUUUUCUCCUGCUGUGCAGAUUAAUGCAAAUUAAUAAAAACAUAUCAGUCUAUGUAAAUUGGAAUUAUGCAUAUGGCAGCAGUACUAACACUAUUUUUGGCUGUAGUUAACAAAACAGAAGCGGAGUGUCUGAUCCGACUAUUCAAUGGACUCCUGGGGGAUCAGAGUGACAGGAGGGUAGGGAAUGGUCUGGACAGAGGGAAAUUCAGGAAUAUUUUGCACAACACCUUUGGAAUGACUGAUGAUAUGAUCAUGGAUAGAGGUAGGCGUGUCUCCUUUGUCACAUGAAACAGAAUGUAACCAUCAAAUAAAGUAUGAUACUGAUGUGGCAAGUUACCACAAAAAAAUUGGUAUUAUAUUCCAGUCUUUCGCGCAUUUGACAAGGACAACGACAGCUACGUCAGUGUGAAAGAGUGGAUUGAGGGACUGUCAGUCUUUCUCCGUGGGACAUUGGAGGAAAAAAUUAAGUGUAAGAAAGAUAAAAAGUGUAUAAUAUGUAGGCUUUUUGACCGUUAUCUACUAUAUUACUAUCCAUGUAUUGACUCUGUCCCCCAUUUGGUUUUUAGACAGCUUUGAUGUGUAUGACUUGAAUGGAGAUGGGUACAUUUCCCGGGAAGAGAUGUUCCACAUGCUGAAGAACAGCCUGAUCAGACAGCCCACAGAGGAGGACCCAGACGAGGGCAUCAAAGACCUGGUGGAGAUCACACUCAAGAAGAUGGUAAUGACAUUUUUAUCUUCAUUUUAGCCAGGUUAAACCAGACUGAAUGCUGUGCUACCUAUUGUUUAACCUGCCAGGCUAACUUCAUUGUACCUUGUGUUUACAAUCACUGUUUAACUUGGUCACAAUUGACCAAUUCAUGUUUCAGAUUAAAUAGACUGUCUGAACAUAAAAUAGCAAUGAGUUGUUUCCAUCCUCAGGACCAUGACCAUGACAGCAGACUGUCCUAUGCAGACUUUGAAAAGGCAGUGAGAGAUGAGAAUCUAUUGCUUGAGGCUUUUGGAACCUGCCUUCCCGAUGCCAAGGUGACCAUUGAAGUCAAGACUGUAAACACAGUGUGUCUGGAUUGGACAAUAUUUUGCCUUUGUCUGACAUGUUUUUUCCUUUUGUGUUACAGACCAUAUUGGCAUUUGAGCAGCAUGCAUUCCAGGAUCCACUUGAGCGUUAAGGACAUCACUAAAUUUUAUUAACAAAAAACUGCUCAUACACUGAUGGGAAAUGUAUAAAUAAAACAUGUUGAGAAAAUAUGAAGUUCCGUUUGAAUUAUGUAAAUAUAAGAACUUGCUAAUGUCCACCUCAUUCCCUGUGAGAAGCAGUCUUUCAGGACAUGUCUGUUAGAUUCUCCUCCGAGGCUUUGCUGACUUUGUCUUUGUUGGCUUGACUUCAGGAACUGAUGCAACCUGAGAACAAGGAAAGACAUGAAUUUACUGUAGUGUAGUAUCACUCUUCAAUUGUAUGAAAUUGUGAGUGACCAAUUUUAAGAAGCAAAUGACCACGAAUAUACUUUUUUCAAUGUAUUUCUGAUCAUGUUGGCUGUUGUGUUCAACGACUCGUCCGCCAUAUCCAUUUUAGGCCGCUCUGGUAGUUUUGGUCCAAUGAGGGUUUCAUUUUUGUCCACGAAGCCAAAAAGUGAGUCUUUAUUAGUUUCUACCAUUUUCCGUUUUCUGUUCUCCAAAUCUGUGGUCCUCGGUACGAAUCUUGGGGGUGCUGCAGGGG